CUUCGUAACCGCGCGGAACGAAUGGUGCUUGGGCUCGAAAACGAAUAAAUCGUGAAUCUGUGAAUACCAGGUGAUAGAAUACAUUCCUCCGCACUCCUUUUUACAAUUCAAGCCCGCCGUACCCGUAGUUCAAAUUUAAUACGAUAAGUUACGGACUUCCAACCGUUCGUAGCUAAAGGAUAAAAAUAUUUACACGAGAACAAAGCAGUGUGUGAGCGCGCGAGUAGUAUCGUAUGUGUGCAAGAGAGCAGAGGCACGCUGGGAGAUCGGUUGGAAUGCGCUGGAAAUGAGGAAGAAAGCAUAAGGCUAUGCCAUGGACAAGACAUAGACACCUAUGCGAGUAUUUCGAUAUUCAUCCCGUGCACAUUCCUGUACGCCCUCUUGUCUCUCAUCGUCUUCGAAAUAAAAUCGAAACCGUCGGCAUUGCCGAUCUUUCACCGAUGACCAGUCAUCACACAGAAAUUAUAAAUACAUCACAACGCGGGGACACCAUUCUAGCGCAACUUUUUAAAUGACUCUUCCUAUUUACGAGUGAUCCUCUUAUGUUUUUGGAACAUCGACGUUCUUUCUCCCUUUCUUUCUCUCUCACUCUCCCUUCGAAGUCCUGGAGUUUUUCUAGGGUAAUCGGAGUCGAACAAUCAAUCGGGCGACUCCCUUCCAGUCGUUUCCUCUCUCUCAUUAUCGCGUAAAAAUAUUUAUUUGUAUAAAAUAACCAGUCGUGGAGAUUUCCUUCCAAAGUGUGUUUACCGUGGCCGGCGUUCAGCCUAACGCCUAUUUGUUGAAAGCAGUGAUAAAUGAUAAAACCAGUGAUUGUGUCGUGCGUGUGUUUUCCCUUCGGACGCGAACGAGGAAGUGAAUAAGUGUUUUUCCCCAUACGUGUAUCUUUUCCUACAACAAAUUCCGGGGCCCUUUCGACUUGGAACCGGUGCGAUGAAAUUGAGAUAAAGAAUGUUGUACUCCCAGUCACCGGAAAGCAUCGGUGCGAACGACGUUUAUGCGCGACUCAUUCGAUCGAUUGAGACAUCGCGUAACGAGAAGUUCGCUGCAUAAAAAAUCUCGAAAAUGCUGUCAAACCUAUUUUCGGUGGCAGCAACAGACUUUUUAAAUGAAAAUCAACGAUCCCGCUAAUAAAAUCCCGCUUGUGCUCGAAAUGACAGAGCGUGUUUGAAGCUCGAACGUCCCGUCGACCCAAUUCCCUGACAAGAUCACUACUUUUGCUGAAGGCUCCUCCGAAACGCGGACUUCUCAUCCACACCGAAAAUAAGAUAAAUCCGUAAAAAUAAAACGGAAAGGCAGAUGUAAAGCGAAGGAGUACGAAGUAGAAGCGAAUCGUUGGAAAUCACAUCGAAUAUUCGAGAGCACGUGGAAAAAUUGGUGCCUUUGGCCGAAGAGGGUGGGUUCCUCGGAGGAUGGGAGAACUCAGAUAAUAGAGGGAGAGAAGAAGAGCGGGAGGGAGAGGGAGAAAAGGUGGCGACGGGACGCGCAGUGCCGUCGGUGGCUCUCUCGUCGAGGUCGAGAAGAGCCAUAGAGGCGAAAGAGGAGCGAGGGCAGGGGCACGAUCAGGAUCAGAAAAUCGGCGUCGGGUCGGAGCGUGGGGGAGCGUGGCGGGUCCGAGGGAAGAUCAUAGAAAGAGGAGUGUAUGGAGCACCGGAAUAAGAUCGACGGGGCGACAACAGUAUGCGAUCAUCACCGAGAGUCGUCCUCCUGGUUCACCUCAUCCUCGGGGCGUCGAUAGCUCCGGGUGCGAGGUCCGAGCUCGUUAAGUAUCUCGAAGUGCCGGAGAACGCUCCGGCCGGGACGAGGAUAGGCUUCAUCGACGCGGACAGUCCGCCUUAUCUCGUCGUGCCGGUUCAAGGUUCCGCGGUCAAGGCCGAUCUGAUCGUCGAGGAGGCAACGGGCGAGAUCCGGACCCGGGUGCCGCUCGACCGCGAAACCCGUUCCUCUUACUCCCUCGUCGCCGUCGCCCACAACGUCCGCGUCGUCGUUAAAGUUCUCGACGAGAAUGACAACGCUCCUAAAUUCCCGAUAUCGGAGAUCGACGUCGAGUUCCCGGAGAACUCGCCGCGCGACGCGAAGCGAGCCUUGCCGCCGGCGAAGGACCCCGAUCUGGGUCAGUACUCGACCCAGCGAUACGAAAUCGUCGCGGGCAACGAGGACGACGUCUUCAGGCUCGCCCAGCAUCGCGCUCGGGACGGCGUCCUCUAUCUCGAUCUCCAGAAUUCCGGCUCCCUCGACCGCGAAUCACGCGCUCGGUACGAGCUCGUCAUCGAGGCGUUUGACGGGGGCGCUCCGCCCUUGAGCUCGAGGCUCCGGGUCAACGUAACCGUCCAGGACGUCAACGACAAUCCCCCGAUUUUCAAUCAAACGAGGUACGAAGCGAGCGUCCCGGAAAACGCGACCGUUGGGACUCGCAUACUCGCGGUUAACGCUACCGAUCGGGACGUCGGCGAUAACGGGCGCAUCGAGUACUCGAUCAACCGGCGACAGUCCGACCGGGAAGAAAUGUUCCGCAUCAACCCGGAAACUGGCAUAAUUUAUGUUAAUAAAGUUUUGGAUUUCGAAUCGCGAGAGCGUCACGAGCUUGUCAUCGUUGCUCGCGACUGCGGCGCUCAGGCCCUCGAGUCGAGCGCCUUCUUCUCGAUACGCGUCACCGAUGUCAACGACAACCAGCCCACCAUUACGGUCAUCUUCUUGUCGGACGACGCGACCCCAAAAAUUAGCGAGAGCGCUCAGCCCGGUGAAUUUGUCGCGAGAAUAUCGGUGAGCGAUCCCGAUUCCAGAACCGAGUAUUCCAACGCUACGGUCACGCUCACCGGUGGUGACGGACACUUCGGCCUGGCCACGCGUGACAACAUAAGAUACCUCGUGGUCGUCGAGAGGCCGCUCGAUCGGGAAGAAAAGUCGGUCUACGAUCUUUCGAUCGAAGCUACCGAUGCCGGCACGCCACCUUUGCGCGCCUUGCAACUUUUCCGACUCCUCGUUACCGACGUCAACGACAACGCUCCCAUUUUUGAAAGCGAACGAUACGAAGCCCAUUUGCUAGAAGCUUCCGAACCUGGUACACCGAUUUUGAGAGUUCGGGCCAACGAUCUCGACGAAGGUGACAACUCCGUCGUGCGAUAUUCCAUUCGGAAUUCAACUUGGUUCACGAUCGAUCGGGAAAGCGGAUUGAUCAGCACUGUCGCUCACGUCGAUUGCGAAACUGAUCCUACCCCGACACUCGUCGUCGUUGCCGUCGAUUCGGGCAGACCACCGCUCACCGGCACCACUCUUGUCAAGCUCACAGUUCAUGAUCUCAACGAUAAUGAACCCAUCUUCGAAAAGCCCCUCUACAACGUCACUAUAUCAGAGGAUUAUCCUGUCGGACAAUGUUUCGUUAAGGUUCAAGCUACCGAUCCGGAUUGUGGAGUCAACUCAAUGGUCAACUACACUGUGGUAGCUGGAAAGAUCGGGAGUGAACAAUUGUUUGUGCGCAGCGAUACGGGUGAAAUAUGCGUUAAAUCAACUCUGGAUCGAGAAAUCGCUCCCUACCUCGAAUUGUCGGUCAUUGCAACAGAUAGAGGUGGUCUGAGUGCGAUUGCCAUAGUCCGGAUAAAGAUAACGGACGUAAAUGACAAUAGUCCGAUUUUCGAGCCGUUAUAUUACAACGUAACGCUAAGAAGCGAUUCGCCGAUUAAUGAAGCGAUUGUGAGGUUGAGAGCGACCGAUCUCGACGACGGCUUGUUCGGACAGGUUGCUUACCGGAUAUCCAGUGGCAACGAGGCAGGUAUAUUCCGAAUAGACAAGAGUACCGGCGAGAUUCACGUUGCACGACCGAGUCUUCUGUCUAGAUCGUCUCUCUAUCAGUUAAACGUGACGGGGACUGAUGCCGCGGGCCUCAAGAGCACUCACGAUGCUCUUCUAAGGAUAAACACCAUAAAAAGUACAAAUCAACGCAGGCUACCGAGCUGUGAGAGAUACAGAUAUGUUCUGACGGUCAAGGAAAAUUCAAUUGCCAACAGUGUCAUCGGUACGAUCAAAGAAUUUUCUGGAGCAACUGACCCUGAUAAAGUCCCGAGCCGAUUCUACUUGGUAUCCGAACCGUUGGAUUUUAUCAUGGAUCCAGUUACCGGAAUGCUACGGACACGAAUAUCUCUCGACAGAGAACUCCGUGAUAGCUACAUCCUCAGCGUCGCUGUACGCAAUGGAAUCUCCUUCGGUUACUGUCAGGUCGAAAUAAAGGUCGAGGACGUAAAUGACAACUCGCCAUCAUUUCCGAACAGCAGUGUUCGGAUAUCAGUGCCAGAGUCACACUCACUGCAUCUGCCGUUAUACGUUGCACACGCCAGCGAUCCGGAUUCGAGUCCUGGCACGCCAUUGCGUUACGUGCUGGUGCAAAAUAGCGCCGAACUUUUCGGGAUAGAUUCUCGCUUGGGGGAGGUCUAUCUGUCACAUCGUUUGGAUUACGAGACUCAGCAGAGGCACAGUUUGAUGAUAAGUGCCGUGGACGGUGGGGGACUAACCGCAAAUCUCAGUAUUCGAGUGGAGGUACAAGACGUGAAUGACAACCCCCCGGUGUUCGAGAGAAACGAGUAUCACGUGGAUAUUUCCGAAGGCACCAGACUCGAUUCUCAAGUACUGCAAGUUACCGCGUUGGACUUGGACACCGGAAAUAAUGCCCGGCUGAGUUAUCGUCUCCGGGGUUCGAAGGCGUUUUGCAUAAGUCCAAACACGGGUUGGAUAUAUUUAGCAGAGUCGCUGGAUCGAGAGAUGGUUGAUCGUUACGCACUGACAGUGCUCGCGACUGACAACGGUUCACCCGCAGCGACAGCCAGUGCUUCGGUCCUGGUGAAGAUAUUGGACGAGAACGACAACACGCCACAUUUCAAUAAGGAAUUCUACGGAUUUGAAUUAUUGGAGAAUUUGCCAUCGGGGACAGCGAUUGGUAGCAUAAGCGCGCACGAUCCAGACAUCGGAAAAAAUUCGUUGCUUCGUUACUCGAUCGUCCAGGCAAACAGCAGCUUCGCGGUUGACCCUGAUACAGGUGAAAUCACAACUCGAGAACCACUGGACCGUGAAACAAGAGGGCUGCACGAGUUGGUCGUGGAAGCACGCGAUCAAGGGACACCUGCGAGAGCUGCUAGAGCUCCUCUUAAAGUUCUCGUUCUCGAUGUCAAUGACAAUUCCCCGGAAAUCGUCGAUCCUCAGGGUGACGUCGUAAGUGUCAGGGAGGAACAACCAUCCGGUACCGAAGUUGCAAGAGUUCGAGCGAUCGACACCGACCUUGGAGAAAAUGCCUCGAUCACGUACACAAUUCUAAAAGAUCGCGACUCGGACGGUUUCAACGUAUUCUUGAUAGACCCAGUAACUGGAAUGAUAAGAACCAGGUCAGUGCUUGACCAUGAGGAGCGCAACGUCUACAGACUUUCGAUUCAGGCGAGUGACGCCGGUCGGCCACAGCGUCUCAGUGUUCGUACGCUCCGAGUUGAAGUUUUGGCUCUUGCUGACAAUCGACCCACAUUUUCCAGUAGCAGUCUUACGUUCAAUGUUCGAGAAGAUGCAAGUAUUGGCGAUGCAGUGGGUUCAGUAUCGGGUACAGGACCAGCCGGCCACGUAGCAUUUACUCUGAAUUCUUUGACUCCACUUGCCGAAUUCGCUUCUUUCGACGUUGAUCGUGGUUCAGGUCAAUUGGUAGUUGCUCAUUCGCUCGAUCGCGAAAACGUGAGCGAGUACCAUCUCGAUAUUCGAGCAUUGGACACAACGUCGAUCGGCAAUCCUCAGAGCAUCGCGGUUUCGGUGAAGAUUGUAAUCGAGGACGCAAAUGACAAUGCACCGGAAUGGCCACAAGAUCCAAUGACGAUUAGAGUGAGCGAGGGCUCGAUUAUUGGCUCGACAAUUUACAACCUCAGCGCCAGCGAUCGUGACAGCGGACCAAAUGGCGAUCUGACGUAUGAUCUCGUCUCAGAAUUCCCAGCAACCGGAAGUUUCGCCGUCGAUUUACUCACUGGUGCAUUAACGCUUGCGAAAUCUCUUGAUCGUGAGGAACGCUCGGAUUAUACACUCGUAUUGAGAGCAUCCGAUUGUGCACCAAUUGCUGAAAGACUCGCGACCACCGUCACAGCUAGAGUUAUCGUUCUCGAUCAGAAUGAUAAUGAUCCAGUUUUUGUUGCACCUGAGAUUAUUACGAUACCUGCGAAUGCUGAUUUUAUACCAGGCUAUACAAUAACGAGGGUAGUCGCAAUCGACAAAGACGCUGAUGACAAUGGUCGAAUUUCGUACGUGAUAACAGCUGGAAACGAGGAUGGGAAGUUUUCCGUCGGUUACGAUUCGGGAAUAGUAACACUAAUGAAGCCAAUAACAAGAGAUAGCGAGAUCGAGAUAACGGCAAACGACCACGGGAGUCCGGCUCGUCGCGCGACACUAAAUCUAACAGUUGUAAUGGCAACUGGACAGACGAGCGGACCACCGCAUCUUUUGAUUUCUUCGCCAGUGGUAAAAAUAUCGGAGGAUCUCGUGGUUGGGAGUACAGUUCUGGACGUCGUCGAUCCAACAAUGGACGGAGACCAAGCCAACGUGACCUUUUACAUCCCCGCUGGAUCUGCUUCCGAUAAAUUUGGGAUAUUCAAUAACGGCGUUAUGUACCUCAAGGACUCGCUCGACCGUGAGAACACUGCGCGGUUCCAUGUGCCUGUGCUAGCAAAAUCUAACAAACUCCUCGAUAUCACGACUGUAGAAAUAAUCGUAAUUGACGAAAAUGACAAUAGCCCUGAAUUCAGACCUGGCACUUGUUAUACUCUUGCAAUUCCGGAGAACGAGGAUGCGUCAGUUAUACAUACGAUUGCUGCGGUCGAUAUCGACGAGGGAAAAAAUGGCGAAAUAGUUUACAGCAUUGUUGGUGGAAACAUAGGAGGGAGUUUCAAGUUGGGUCCAACGACAGGUGUUUUAUCAGUAUCGAGUCUCGACCGUGAGACAAUUUCAAAAUACGUUUUGACGAUUUCAGCUAAAGACAGAGGACACCCAAGUCUAGAAGCUCGUUGCAACAUAACUAUAAUCGUUCUCGACGUUAAUGACAAUUCACCAUCGUUUACAAUUGAGCAAUAUUCGAAUACUCGUCAACACUCGACCGAGAGUGAAGUUCGUGACUACUCGAAUUUUGGGCAUCAGUCCACUUUCAAUCAGUACGGAAUCUCCAUGUUUCCGAACAAUCCACCCGGAAAAUAUAUGGCCACUGUGCUCGAGGAUGUACCAACGGAUUCGUCGAUCAUUACUGUGAGGGCUACCGAUCCUGAUCAGGGAACCAAUGGAAAAAUAAUCUACUCGGUCGCGGAAGAAACAACUUGGCUUUUCCGGGUUGACAAUUUGACUGGAGUCAUCACGACUGCUGGACCGUUGGAUCGUGAACGACGAAGUACUUAUACUUUUUUGGUUGUCGCGGCCGAUGGAAGCAGCUAUGACGCCAAAAGAACUUAUGUUCCUGUAGAAAUAAACGUUGGAGACGUAAACGACAAUGCGCCCAUAUUCGAAGAAUAUCCCUUCAAGUCAGUCGUCCCGACGGAUAUUCAGCCGGGACAAAAUAUAAUUCAAGUAAAAGCUACAGACGCGGAUACCGGCUUGAACGGUGAGAUCACUUACACGUUUCUACGAGAAGGGGAAAAGCCCAAAUUUCGAAUACAUCCUACUACGGGAGUGGUGACAGCGACUUCGUCCUUGGCACAAGAUUAUGGCAAGAUUUACCAUCUCGACGUGAUGGCACGGGAUAAAGGAAAUCCGCCGAAAGUUCGCAAAGGAUUGGUCGAAGUUAGGAUCGGCGAUGUUGAUGAAUCCACGACGGUUUUGAGAUUUCAAAAUGACACGUACCGCGUAGUCGUUCAAGAAAAUUCGGCAAUCGGUACAGAAAUUCUGCGCGUUACUGCACUCCGAUCGGAUGGACGUCGCGAUCGGAUUUUUUACUCAAUUGGAUUUGGAAACGAUGAUUCUACAUUUGCCAUUGACGAAGACACUGGACUUGUUCGUAUCAAUGAUCCUGAGAGACUUGACGCCGAAUUGUUGACGAAUUUACACAUCGACGAUGAAGGAGUCGCGGAUAUUCGAACUGACGACUCCUGGGAAGUAUCGCCUGGUGGGCAACAGUCACGAGGAGAAGCGCGGGAAAGUUCGCAUCAUGUUUUAACGCUAGUUGCUAGAACGUCCGGUCCAGAACAUCUCGAAGCUUAUGCUAAACUGGUCGUCCGAAUUUCCGAUGUCAAUGAUAAUCCACCGAUUUUCACGCAGAAUCAGUAUUCUGCUACUGUUCUUGAAGGCAACGCCAAAGGCAAUUUCGUCGUCAAGCUUUCAGCGAGCGACUCUGAUCAGGGUUUGAACAGCAAGAUUCUUUAUCAUAUUGUUGACGGCAACCCGGAUAAUGCGUUCACGAUAAGUCCGCCGUACAGUGGCAUCGUCCGAACAAACAUCGUUCUCGAUCGUGAGAUACGUGAGAAAUACCGACUCACUAUUAUCGCCACGGACCAGGGGAAUCCUCAGCUCACCGGAACUGCAGCUCUGAGCGUCCGUGUCGUCGACGUUAAUGACAAUCAACCCACGUUUCCGGAACAUCGAAUAAUCUCCAUUUCCGAAGGCACAGCAUUAGGAACGGUAUUAACGACGGUGACAGCCAACGACGUGGACAGUUCACCAGCAUUGACAUAUCGUUUCUAUAAUUCAUCGCAGCCAGGACCAUUCAGUAUCGACCGCUAUGGGGGGAAAAUAAUUCUGCAUGAGAGACUCGAUGCUGAGAACUGUUCUGAAUACACGUUACAGAUAAUUGCGAGUGAUGGUAUACACGAAGCGAAAACCGAGCUGACUGUACGAGUAACGGAUUUGAAUGAUAACAGACCGAGAUUCCAACAAGCCGCUUACGUGACGAGUUUGACAGAUGACCGAGGAGAAAUUCGAGAAUUACUGGCUGUGAAAGCCGUGGACGAUGAUUUGACUGAAACGAAUAACGUUGUAACGUAUCAACUGCUUCGAUUAACAAAGGGAUUCACCGUAAAUUCACUGACAGGCAUCAUCACGGUGAAUCGUACUGCACUCGUCAAACCAUUGCCCGAAGAAAUCGAGCUAAUCGUUGUCGCCAAAGAUUCCGGUGUUCCGUCUCUGACGUCCACCUGUUCCGUGGUAGUACGACUUAAUCAUUUAAAGAACGCCGCUACGGGACGGGAGUUCAAGAUCAACAUUAAUGAAAAUAUGCGCCAUGGAAAUACCGUGACAAAACUGUCAGAUUUAGGUCUACGCGAUGGUGGCAUUAUCGCCGAGGAUGAAAACGGCGUUUUCGAAAUUUCGAGAGGUCGUUUAAUUCUCGCUAAGAAACUCGACAGGGAAUCGAAAGACAGAUACGUAUUACGAUUGGGCUCGAAGAACAAAAAUUCCACAUCAGAGAGUUUGUUGGAGGAGGAUUCAGUGACCGUAAUAAUAACGAUUGAAGAUACGAAUGACAAUUACCCAUUGUUUGAGAAAGAGUUCCACAAAGUGUCAAUAAGAGAAGAUGCACCGCGGGGCACGAUAUUAGCAGUAAUCGGAGCCACGGACGCAGAUUUGAGUGAAAGUCCAGCGUCGAAAUUGCAUUACGACAUAACGUCGGGAAACGAUGCUCAUCUCUUUCAUAUCGAUCGAGACAGUGGUACGGUCACUGUAAGCAACACCCUGGACUGUGAUUUAGCACCCGAAACGUACAAUUUGGUGAUAAUGGCGUGUGACAGCGACAACACCCCGUUAUGUUCGCUGGCCCGUUUGCGAGUAACACUCGAAGACGUUAAUGAUAAUUCCCCGAAAUUCCCAGUAUCAGAGUACCUUGAAUUUGUAGCUGAGAACGAAGUGAUUGGUACGAGUGUAUUCUCGGCACGGGCCAGUGAUCUCGACCGCGGAAAAUUUGGUAAUUUGAAUUACUCGAUCGUGUCAGCCGCGGCGAAUGGAUUCUCGGAUAUCGAUGACAGUUGGAAAUUAUUCGCAGUUGAUCGAACGACCGGUUCAGUUACAACGAACGCAGUUUUUGAUUAUGAGCAGAGAAAUCGUUACGCGUUUACAUUGCGCGCAACAGAUACUGGAGGAAGAACAGCAGCAGUCCGAGUACGAGUGGAAAUUGAUUCAAGAGACGAAUUUCAUCCUCAGUUCACAGAAAGAAUGUAUAGAUUUAGAUUGCGUAAUGGUAUUAGAGUAUUGCCAGGAACGGUAAUUGGUCAUGUGACAGCGACGGAUCGUGACAAGGGACCCGAUGGUCGGGUGGUUUACCAACUGACCUCGCAGCACCCUUAUUUUAAGCUCAAUCGUACAACCGGCGCUCUUAUCGUGAAAACCAAAUUGACCAAUCUGGACCUCAGUUUCGAAGAGUCGGCAAGACUGGUCGUUAGCGCGAGUUCCGGUAGACAAGGAUCGUUAUCGAAUAUGACUGUUGUAGAAAUAAGUCUCGUUGACAAUGAUGUAAAUAAUGGGGAUAAUAGAAACGGAGCUUUUGCGGUACCGUCGAACAUCGGUUCGAAUAUGGCGGUUGCAGCUGCAAAUGGAUUAGCGGAUUGGGCACUUGGUCUUCUUAUAGCACUUGUCUUACUGGUAACUGCAUUCGGUGGGAUAUUUUUAUUUCUACAUCUACGAACUCGACGUCAUAGAAAACCCGGGACUAAACCCGGUCUAAACGGUGAGGGUAAUGCUACUUCGUCAAACAGCUAUGUUGAUCCGAGUGCCUUUGACACGAUUCCGAUAAGAAACGUGGCCGGAGCCACUAACAACGGUAACGCACCCGGGGGAGGAUCGAGUGGAAACGGUACCAAUUCGUGUCAAUUUGCACCGCCGAAGUAUGACGAAAUUCCUCCGUACGGGACCAGCGGACAAUCGGGACAACAAGCUACAUCCGAAAUUUCGGGAAGCGAUCGAUCUGGCUCGUCCGGCCGUGGCUCCGCCGAAGACGAUGGAGAUGACGAGGAAAUUCGGAUGAUUAACGAAGGACAGCAAAACGGCGACUCGGCGAGUGACCUUUCCGUUCACAAUACUCAGGAAUACCUCGCGAGACUCGGUAUCGUUGAUCCACCCGUGAGUACAACGAGAAGGCCACCAGAAGCCUUGCCGCUUGACAGCCUUCAUCUUUUUGAGGACGAAGCGGUCACUGAAGCUGAAAUAGCUACUUUAAUUUAUGGAAAAAUCGGAGAAACCGGGAGACCAACUUCGGACCUCGAAGUCCCCGGGGGCCCUUCGAUGAACGGUUCGCUCAGCUCGAUCGUUCAUAGCGAGGAAGAAUUGACUGGUUCUUAUAAUUGGGAUUACCUUCUUGAUUGGGGACCACAGUAUCAACCCCUUGCUCAUGUAUUUAGUGAAAUUGCAAGAUUAAAGGAUGACGCAGCUAGUGUGCAGAGUGGUAAUUCAGCUGGUAGUCACAAGGCCAGACCGGUCCACAAAGCGCCUCUGCCACCUUUACUCACCUCUGUGGCACCGAGAUCACUUGCUGCCCCUGCUCUCGCGAGAGGUAUAUUACCUCGAUCACCGAUAAGUCAUGACGCAUCGACAUUUCCCUCUGCAGCAUUGAGUCCUAGCUUUUCACCAUCGCUCUCACCUUUGGCGACGAGAAGCCCUAGUAUAAGCCCUCUCGUGCCACCAUCCACUCAGAGAUCCCAAUGCCCGCCUAGAGGCGUUCUUACAGAUCAUGAAUUAAGAAUUUAGCCCUCGCAAAAUAAAAUAGAACUAUCCAUAAAACUGUAUUGAAAUUCACAUCAUCGAUCACAAUGAUUUUUAUUUUCAAUUGUACUGCGUAACUUAGUUGCUGAUCGGUGCGACAAAAAUCAUUCCAAUUGCGCACAAUUCUAGAAGCUAUUAAUAUCGAAUACUAAAACAAUGAAUUUUCGUUGGAUUAUAAUGACGUAAAUUUCAAUUUCGUGAUAAGGAAAAAUACUCACAAACGCAUCUAAUGGAGUACAAAACUAGGUGAGAAAAAAAAACAAAUAGUAACGCCGCUAAUGGGAAAAAUGGUGGCAAUAACGAAGAGAGACUUUUUAAUACUUAGGAAUCAAGAAACCAAGUGAUAUAUCGAGAAAUAUUUUUUUGCUAAAGCGUUUUAUCAAGACUUGUUAAAUUAUAAAUGUCGAAAUGACGAAAGCUGUACAUGUUAAUAACGUUCGUCCGAGUAUAGAUUAAAAGCGAAUAUUUCGAAAUGAAUGAAUAUGGUAAUGUUAUCAUAUCAAAGUUUGCAUCGUAAAGUGCAUCUCGGUUUUUCAGUAUUACUAAAUAUUUUUUAUGUAGAUCCAAGCUACGAAAAUUGGUUGAAUUGUCGAUUUUUCCCGGCUUCUAUUGUGAAUCCGUAGAGAAAAAAAUUGGUUAUUUAUUAAACCAGAAAACUAAAAUAUGAAAAUAAGAAUUUUCUUUGCAUUAAAACGAUGUGAACUUCGAGGACCACGAAAUAAUAGAAAAUGGACAAUUGUAAAGUUCAAUGUUGACUCAUCUACAAUAUUGUUUUUGUAAAUAAUAGUUAUAUAUAGAUCACCCGAGUCGGGUACGUUCGAGACGUUGUUAGCCAUAAGUAGCUCUGUACAUGAAUUAUGAACAAUUGUUGUUUCCUUCAACUUGUACAUUUUUUUGUAUUCGAAAUCAUCUUUUUUUUUUAAUAAUGAAAGAAAACGCGAAAAAAAACAACGGGGGAUGGUUCCAGUACAAACCUACUAAAGUUCAUUGCAAGAAUGGAUAAUCUCACUGCCAUGUAUAAUAAAUGAUAUUUGUGUUUGUAUAAUUGUACGAGCGAUGUCGAUAGGUGAGAUGAAUAUUCGUACGAAUUCGAGAGUAGGUAAAACCAUCUGUCGUUCACAUUGGAGGAACCACGUACGAACUGAAAUUUGAUAUUACACGUGGCUCCGUCAAAUAUUCAUGCUCUUCCUCAGUGUUCACUAGUUUGCUCAAGGUUGGCAGGAAAACAAACAUUAUCAAUGAAUAGGGAAACUAUUAUAUAUAUAGCUAUAAAACCGGACGUGUUUGUGCAUAAAAAAAUGAAUGAAAAUGAAAAUCAUCGUUCUCUGUACAUAAGCUCUUCGAAUCCAUCCGUGGUUUCAUCUUCUGAUGGACCUUUUGGUAAAUGAAUUUUUUUUAGCAAAA